AUGCAGCUCUUCCAAGGAGAGAAGCCAGCUCACGAUUUCCUGUCGCUCCACACCGGAGGAGGCUCGUCGUCGCCGGUGCAGCAUUCCUCCCAAGCUGCAGGGUACGAAUUGGGGGUGCACAAUUCACUGAAGCCCCUGAAGCUGGGCAAGCGGCGCGGGGGCGGCGAAGGCGACGGAGCGAUCGGUGUGGCACCGUCGUCGGGGUUGGAGGCGGACUCGGAGGAGCGUGUCUUACCGGGUGUCGUCGGGACGUUCAGCAUCAGGCAGGUGGCAUCUGCGACUCAGUCGAGGGGAGAAGCCGCUAGCCAUGGCGUCGUCGUCAGGGGUGCCGCCUUUCCUCCUGCCGUUCAGGUUUCCAGAACGGAGGGCCCGCCGCAUGGAACAGAAUCGGGAGCCAGGGCUCACAGCGGUCCGGCCACAAUGUGGCAAGAUUCUGGCAUGGACCAAAGAUCCAGAGGCGCGAGAGGAGGCGAGGGGAGAUGCAGAAGCAGCGGCAGCAGCGCUGAUCAGGGGCCCAGCACACCGAGAUCCAAGCACUCCGCUACCGAGCAGCGGAGAAGGACAAAGAUAAAUGACAGGCUCGAAAUACUUCGGGAACUCCUACCACACGGUGAUCAGAAGAGGGACAAGGCAUCUUUCCUUCAUGAGGUUAUUGAAUACAUAAGGUUCUUGCAAGAGAAGGUCCAAAAGUACGAGUCAGCACACCCACAAAAGAAUCACGAGGACUCCUCCAUGCCAUGGGCAAAAGUUUACUACAGAUCAUGCUGGAAAAACACAGAGAAUAUCAACCAAGGAGGAGGAUUAGCAGCUUCCACACAGGAUACGAACAAAGAACAGUAUGGUUCCAAGCAAACUACAGUGGCAUCGUCUGCUCUCUUUGACGCACAAAGCGCUAGGGAAGCUAGUGCAAACGACAUUUCCUCCCAAAAGCCAACAUGCACAGCACAAAGCAGGGCAGACAACAACAUACCUAGCAAACAGCCACCAUGGUUGAGCAUGUCAACCUCUGAUUCAGACAACAGAACACUGAGCAAGAACGAGAAACAAACUCUCCAUGAGGAUACUCAAAGUCUUUCUGAUGCUUACUCUCAAGGGUUUGUUCCUAAACUACUGUUGCUUACCGAUGAUAAUUUUGCUAUAUCUGCAACUAACAGAAGAAAACAUUAUUUACAUCAGGCUACUAAAUAG